AUAUAGAGAAGAUGAAUCUGGAGGAAAGAGGUUACUGGUGGACGAGCUACGUUAGCUCUACUUUAUCAGCCAGCGGCUGCACUCGGAUGAUCUCUGGACUCACAGAUUGAGCAACACCACAUCAAGAGGCAGGCAGCUCCAAAAUAAUCAUUGCGAAACAAGGGCAGGGUAGCAGGAAGACGUGAAUCACAGAGAGUCAAAAGAAAAGCAAAGUUGUGGGACAGCCUGAAUAGGGAGAGCAGCAGCUUUAAAAGAGUUCAACAUUGAUUCAGGGCUCUUUUAGGCACAAUGGUGGACAGAGGAUUGUGUCUGAGGUUUUGGGGAGGAGUAUGAAAGAUUUGAAAGGUCUUGGGAGGGAGGGGGGUCAGAGGCACGGGUCCGGUAGAGGGUAAUUGUGGUGACAGCCAGUGCAAGGGGACGAGGACUCAUGUGAGACACAGAGGAAUUUAAAGGUAAAAGACAAGGAGAGGGACUGGCAAACCCAGAAACUGGACUUCAGUAUGGGUGUGAAGAGAAAGGCUGCUGCAGCUAUCUUAGUCCUGCUGCUGUUCCUCGGCUCCAUGUGGCUGCAGGGAGGUUUGGAUUACCAGUGGGAAUCCUGUUUGAAAGGUUAUAAUCAGGAGAAUAAGAUUCACCAGCUGUCCAACAGCAGUGGGGCCGAUGGGGCUGAGGGUCUGUCGGUCCUGGACGAGUGCCCUGGUCAGACCUUCCAGGUGUCAUUGCUGCUCACCCACCUGUCGGCAGCGCAGGCCGACACCUCGGACGUGCUGCUGCAGCCCUAUCUGUCCAGCUGGGAUGAGCUAGUGAGAUUCAUGGAAGCUCUUGGCCCGAUGGUGGGACUGAUAUCUAAAGAGAUAGAAACCAAGACCUCCAUUAUUCGCCAAUUGGCCCUUUUGUCGGAUGGGAAUCCUGAGGCAGAGCUGGGCCCGGAUUUAAACUCAAUCAAUUCAGCAAUCACAGAGGCCGGGACGAGGAACAAUGUCAAGGCCUCAGAGCACGUAGAUGCUUACCGCUCUGUGCGCUCCAUGAUCUUGGUGGAGCUGGACCGAGGCGUGGUGGACUUCGAGCACCAGACAGACUCUGGAUGCCGGACUCUUCUGCGUCUGCAUCGGGCCCUGCUGUGGCUGAAGCUCUUCUUGGAGAAGCUGGCAGAGAGGCCAGUGUCCGGCCGCCUCAGGACCCCCUCGGACCUGUGUCGCGAGGCCUAUAAGAGCACACUAGCCAAACACCACACCUGGUUUGUGCGGAAGGCAGCCGAGCUUGCCUUCAUUGCCAUGCCAGAGCGGGGUUUCUUCUACAGGCUGGUGUGCGUGCAGGACCAGGAGGAGAUGAGCUUGAUGCUGAGAAGAGUGGUUCAGGCCAUCGGAGAGGUUUAUGACAGGACUGAGAAAGCCCUGGAGGACAAUAACAUGCUAAACUUGCCAUAGAAGAUGGGACUAUCAGAUUGGACAUAGAGCCUCUACAGCUGUUUCACAAUGUUUUGCACUGUUCUCAUAGUUUCUCGUCUGGCAACUAAUUAGGUCUUGAAACGAGGAAACAAGAUUGGUCUUGAUUUAUUUUCAGUAAGUGCCAUUUAUUCUUCCCAUCUCACAUAGCAACAUUUUAGUGUUUGCCACAAUUAAGCCACAGCAGUACCGCAAUUGGUUUUGUUUGGGCCAUAUUCAACAUUUACCACAUGGGCCAAUUAUUAUAAAGUGGAGCAGGAACUAGACCCAAGCGCAAGAUUUUCAAAGUAAAAUGAAGGUUUGCAGAUUUUUACACAGUGAAGGAUUCAGGCAAAGAUGCGUUGUACUUGUUGUGGCGUGCUGCGUGGUGUGGCACGGCACGGGGCCGUUUUUUUUGUGAUCAGCAGGUGACAGCCAAAGAACAAGAAGCCGGUCUUCAGGCAGACUGAAUGUGCCGAUGACCUAACAGACAGGCAGGCAAUGUCCAGCAAGUGAAGCUAACCGGCUGGCAGGUUGGUACACGUGGAGCGUAACCGGACAGAUUAACAAACAUAGGCAGCGCCCAGAAUGAAACCAAUACUGAUAGACACUACCGCUUAGUCAUACUUUAUUAUCUUAUGAUGACUAGAUUGUAUUCCAAGGUGUUUAUACAGCAACGGGUGUUCAGUGGACGUGAGCUGCAGGUGUGCCAGGGACCUGCGGGGAGAUACGCGCCCAGACCUGCCAUACCGAUCACACAGACCCAUCCCAAGCAUGACUCACCAAUCACAAUACACACACAUGCACACACUCACACACACAAACACACACACACACACACACACAAACACAUACAGGGUUGGGAGGAGCAGCCGUCAAACCACUUUAGUUUAACAUCCGGAUUAUACUUUGGCCUCAUGUUUGCCAAGAAACCGCCAUAUUUGUUUUGUGAUACUCUGACCAAGUUUGCUUCUUAUCAAGUCGGCCACUUUAGGCACACAUUCCUUUUGUCCGGGCCACAAGAAGGCCAGAAGUGCCGGGUUCAUUGCCUGAAGUGACCCAAAACCGUGUGCCAUCUGCGAACCAAAGUGCUGUUUCAACAAUCAAGACAAUCAGUAAACAAAGCCAGUUCACUGUGAACCACGACAUUCCUCAUCAAAAAAAAGAAAAAAACACCUCUGGACUUGUUCUCACCUCAGAGGGAGUGGAAGGCAGCGGAUAAUGUUUUUAGGCCUGCUACAGACCGAAUAUGAAUUAUUUAAUAAGCUGCUGUGCACGCUACCAUGAACACAAUUACUUCCACUGUAACACUGAGGAGCUGAUUCUGUCAUGGACUGUACGGUUUAUGUUUUUGUGCCAAACCCCGUCCAUAUGUGAUUGGUAAUUUUUAUGUUUGUACAUUUCAAAUGUUGUUGAAAAUGACUGCUGUUUUGAUUGGGGUUAAAUCUUGGAGAGUUAUUUGCUACCUCACAAUGAGCUAGGUUUAAACGCCUUGUAGACGGAACAAAUCUGGGACCAAUCCAGCCAGAUCGAGUUGUGUUACAUGAAAGAAUAAAAUCCAAUUUAGAGUACGCAGGAAGUUUUUGUAUGGUGCUCAGAAUAAUUAAACAUCUAUAAAAUAAAUAAGACAGACUGCAAGUGCCUGUUUUAUGACAUAGUCCGGUAAUAUGAUAACUUUGACAUUCAAAUGCCACUAAGCUGUUGUGUAACACUGUCCAGCAGAGGAACCGGUGCUCUGCUAGUCUUAUCUUUCAUUACAACAGGGUGGACAUCAUCUAUUUGACACGCACUCUACCUGCACAUGUAUGCUCAAAGUGGUGCAAUGGCACACAAAAUUAUUUUUAGAAGACUUUCCCCCUUAUAAAGUCCUGUCUUAGGGAUAUUUUACAUAUCAAAUGUUCAAUAUUAGAAAUCUCCUGAUUUGGAGCAAAUGAAGAGGAUACAAAUUAUACAUGAUCAUACAAAAUUGAACCUUUGAGGGACGUGGUUAGAUGUAUGUGCAAAUAUCAGUCACUGGCACUGCUCUUGAUCAUGAACUAUUUUAACCCCAUAAAAACCUCUAAUGCUACGUAAUCCCGGCUCUCUCCCUUUUUCCUGGACUGCGCUCUCUCUUUCUGAGGAGAAGAAAGGAGAGAUAAAGAUAGAGCCCGAGGGCACGGAGUGAGCAGGAGACAGGAGGCGGUUGAAGGUCAGUGCGCAGCAAUACUCCUUGGCCUUAAUCUUGUCAAGCAGUUUGGGAGCUAGACUAUUUGUAAAGCAGCUCCCAAAGGGACAAACUUUCCAACCUGAGCCAGGAUUCAUAUAUUUCAGAGCUCGGACCGAUCUAUAUGUUUGCCAUUGAACAAAUAGCAACAAGAAAAAGAAGAAGACUGUAAUCUGUGACCUUUGUCCCAUGAUAUGUGUCGGAAGAUGACGUGUUGCUGGUAUUUCCAGUACGUCUCCACUUCUGCAUUGAUAAAAUAAGCUAUAGAGAUUUUUCACUCAUAUAGGGGAUAAAUCAUCCCUAUCUCUAUCAAUUCACACAGAUAGAGAGACCUCGACUCUUUUGUCUUUCAGCACUUCUGUCUGCACAGGUCAUCACUGGUGACCUCUGGCGUUGUAGGCUGCGAGGAUUACGGUGAAUGAGAUUACAUCAGAUUCCAUCUGACGUAACCUUUGACACAGGCUGACUGGUUUCUUUUUCUGUCCCCCUGCCUACUGCGUGCACUGCACGUGACAACGUUUUGAUUUACGAUAUAAAGAUGAGAGACAUAGAGACAAAGAUACAUUUUUGAUUUCCCUUAAAUGACAUUUAUUUAUUUCUCUAUCUUGGUUUGCAGUAAACAUGAGCAAAAAUAUACAUACAAUAAGAGCAAAACAUAAAGAAUCCAGAAUAGAAUUAUCAUCCUUUUUCGGGCGAGAGUAUUCCUUUCUUGAACACCACAGUCUUAGGCAAUGAUAUGAUGUAAGAUGAGGUGAUAAGAGAGGGGGGACUGGGGUUUUGUGAUAUAAUUUCUUAAUUAAAACAUGAAUAUCUAUUUUU